UCCAAUUGAUUAAUAUCCAUUCAUUUCAAUUGUCUUUCGUGAAUUUUUCUACAUAUCGACGUUCAAGUGUUCUCAAAGUGUAACAAAUGUGCCUCUCACUCGAAAAUCGCUAAAAUGGUCAAUUUCAAGCGGAAAAACGUCUUAACAGCAAGUUUUAGAAGCCUCAAAAAAACGUUCAGUAAUGGCACGAUUUUACCUUUUCACGAACUUUUUAUGUUCGCAACGCCUCUCGAACUUGCCUUGGUCAUUGUUGGAAUAAUUUUCUCCGUUCUCAGUGCCCUCGGGAUUCCAGUAGUGAUCGUUUUGUACGGCGAAUAUACGACAAUUUUGAUCGAUCGGGUGCGAGAAGCUGAAAUUUCAACGGAAACUUUGAUACUUAAGUGGUUUGGCGGAGGAAGGAUUUUAAUUAAUGCGACUACAGAGGAAAAUCGUGCGGAAAUGAUCGUCGAUGCAAGGGCAUAUGCCCUUUCGAAUGUAGUUGUGUUCAUUUUUCAACUUAUCACGAUGGCAAUUGGCAUUUAUCUCUUCAAUUUUUCCGGGCAAAAGCAAAUUUGUACAAUUAAAAAGCUAUUUUUCAAGUCUGUACUGAGACAGGAUCAAACGUGGUUCGAUUUGAACCAAAAUGAGAGUUUUGCUGUGAAGUUCAAUGAUGAUUUGGAAAAAAUCAAAGAAGGAAUCAGCGAAAAAGUCUCAAUUUUCAUCUAUUCCGUGGGAACUUUCUUCUUUUCCAUCAUUUUUGCCUUCAUUUACGGAUGGAAACUCACGUUAGUGAUCCUCAGUGUGUCUCCUUUGAUCAUUUUAUCCACAGCUUAUGUCGCCAAGAUGCAAACAACGCUCACGGAAAAGGAACGAAAGUCUUAUAGCUCCGCUGGAGGCAUCGCCGAAGAAGUCCUGAAUGCAAUUCGCACCGUUUUCGCCUUCAACGGUCAACAACAAGAAGUCGCUCGGUACAACGAACAUCUCGGAAUUGCCGAAAAAAAUGGAAUUCGCAAAGGAAUGUUCACCGGAGCUGGCGGAGGCGUCACUUGGCUCAUCAUUUAUUUGGUUUACGCGCUCGCUUUUUGGUACGGCAUGCAAUUAAUUUUGGAAGAUCGCUACAAAGAAGUCAAGGAAUACACGCCAGCUGCCUUGUUGAUUGUCUUAUUUGGCGUCUUAACGGGAGCACAAAAUAUGGGAUUAACGUUGCCCCAUUUGGAAAGUUUUAAUGUCGCACGUGCUGCAGCAACGGGAGUUUAUGCGAUCAUCGGAAGAAAGUCAGAAAUUGAUGCGAUGAGUGAAAAAGGAUGCAAACCGAGUGCGUUGAAGGGAGAUUUUAAGUUGACAAAUGUACAUUUUCAUUAUCCAUCGAGAAAAGACGUCAAAGUUUUGAAGGGAUUGAAUUUGACGAUGCGUUCAGGACAAACGACGGCACUUGUGGGAAUGUCGGGAUGCGGCAAAAGUACUGUGUUGCAGUUGAUUCAACGACUUUACGAUCCUAAAGAGGGCAUCGUUGAAGUCGAUGGCAUUCCCCUGAAAACCAUCAACGUCAGUCAUUUACGAUCUUUCAUCGGCGUCGUUGGCCAAGAACCCGUUCUCUUCGACACUACAAUCCUCGAAAACAUCCGUUACGGAUUUCCCGAAGCGACACGUGAACAAGUUGAAAAAGCCGCCAAAAUCGCAACGUGUCACAAAUUCAUCUCCAAAUUCCCCGACGGUUACGAAACCAAAGUCGGACAAAAUGGGGCUCAACUUUCGGGCGGGCAGAAACAAAGAAUCGCCAUUGCACGAGCAAUCAUCAAAAAUCCGUCAAUUUUACUCUUGGAUGAGGCAACUUCAGCUUUGGAUCCAACGUCGGAGCGCGAAGUCCAAAAUGCUUUGGAGAAGGCAUCGGAAGGAAGAACAACGAUCGUUAUUUCGCAUCGCUUGAGCACGAUUGUAAAUGCCGAUAAAAUAGUCGUUAUCGAUAAAGGAGUCGUCGUUGAGGAAGGAAAACACAGCGAAUUGAUGGAAAUUAAGGGAAUUUAUCAUAAUUUGGUGCUGGCGACGAGUAAUAAGAAGCAAGAAGAAACAGAUGAGGAGAAAAAUGAUGAUUUUUCAGCUCAAAACGAUUUUAAAAGUCUUACCAGCUUGGAUUUGUCGCAAAAAAGUCUCGAUUAUCGUCACGCGAACUCGAAUGAAGAGGAAGAUUACUCAAGUGACGUUAAGGAUGACUCGCAUAAAGUCCCGUUGCGUCGUCUUUUGGGCUUAAAUGCUCCUGAAUGGCCUUUUUUGCUGCUUGGAUCUGUCUCCGCUGUCAUCGUAGGAGCUUCAUUUCCCAUUUUUGCCGUUCUUUUCGGCGGAAUUUACGGAUUACUUGGCGGAACUGACGACAUUGCCAUUCAAGAAGGCACCAAUUUUUACUCCAUCAUGUUCAUUGUGCUCGGAAUUGUUACAGGAAUCGCUACUUUUCUUCAAUCGUACGCUUUUAACGUUGCCGGCGCUCGUUUAACGAAACGUUUGCGCUUUUUGUCCUUCGAAGCGAUGAUCAAUCAAAGCGUUGCGUGGUACGACGAACCCACAAACACCGUUGGCGAGCUUUCAAGUCGUCUCAGUUCGGAUUGUGCGCAAGUUGAGGGCGCUUUGGGUACUCGGAUGGGAUACAUUUUUCAAUGUGUCUCAAUUAUCAUCAUCGGAGUCGCUCUCGCCUUUUAUUAUUCGUGGAAAUUGACGCUUGUGUCGAUUGUGGCGUUGCCCAUUACGUUAGCUGUGGUUUUUAUUGAGUCCAAACUCAUGACAAGCAGCGAAAUUAAGGAGAAAAAGUCGACGGAACAAGCGACGAAACUUGCUGUCGAAGCAAUUUCGAAUAUUAAGACGAUCGCAUCGUUGGGACAGGAGAAGUUGAUUUUGCAAAAGUACGAAUUGAUCAUAAAUGAUGUCACGAGAACGUGUAUUAAGAAGAUACGGUAUCGAGGACCUGUUUAUGCAGUUGGGCAAACUAUUCCGAUGUUGGGUUAUGCGUUGGCUUUGUGGUAUGGAGGAAUUUUGGUUUCCAGAUUUGAGAUGAGAUUCGAUGAGGUUGUCAAAGUUUCUGAGGCACUUUUAUUCGGAGCAUGGAUGAUGGGACAAGCUUUAGCUUUCGCGCCAAAUGUUAACUCGGCAAUGAAAAGUGCAAAACGUGUCUUAGAUCUACUGGAUAGUCGAAAAGCGAUCGAAAUAAUCCAUGACAAAAGAUGGCAACAGUCUAAAUGGGUAAACAUCAAUUUUUUUAAUAUAAAUUCUUUUCAAAAAAUCUUUUUUCGUAUCUUUCAACAGAUCGCAGAAGGCGACAUAACCUACGAAGGCGCCAAAUUCAGUUAUCCAUUAAGACCCAAAGUUGAAGUCUUACAAGGACUCGAUCUGAAAAUCUUUAAAGGACAAACUGUGGCAUUAGUUGGACCAUCUGGAUGCGGAAAAUCAACCUGCAUUCAACUUUUAUUGCGUUAUUAUGAUUUAAAAGAAGGAAAAAUCUGGAUCGAUGAUCGUCUCGCUAAUGCACUUCCCGCCAAAAUCGUACGUAAUCAAAUCGGUUUAGUGUCUCAAGAACCUACGCUUUUUGAUCGUUCAAUUGCUGAAAAUAUCGCUUAUGGCGACGAUAGCGAUCAACUUUCCAUGGAAGACAUCAUCAAAGCAUCCAAAAUGGCGAACAUUCAUGAUUUUAUUAUUCGUUUACCGCAAGGAUACGACACGAAUUUGGGCGCAAAGGGUAGUCAACUCUCCGGCGGGCAAAAACAACGGAUCGCAAUAGCACGAGCUUUGAUCAGAAACCCAAGAAUUCUGUUACUGGAUGAAGCAACGUCGGCUUUGGACAAUCAAAGUCAGAAAGUUGUGCAAGAAGCAUUGGAUCAGGCACGCGAAGGACGAACUUGCAUAACGAUUGCGCAUCGUUUAAGUACAAUUGAGAAUGCGGAUGUGAUUUGUGUCGUAAAAGAGGGAAAAGUUGUCGAACAAGGAUCACAUAAUGAAUUAUUGGCUUUGGGAGGAGCUUAUAAAAAACUUUAUGAAAUGCAAAAAAUUUAAAAAAGUAUUUUUUUGGCUUAAUAAAUUUAAUUUAUUUCAA